GCCUCCCUGGCCCCGCGCGCCCGCCCGUCCUCCGGUCUCUGCAAGGCCAUCAGUCCGUCCGCCCUCCCUCCCAGCGCUCCUCUGCCUGGACCCGCUAUUCCGGCCGCGCACGUCGCUUCCUCGGUUCCAGCCGCCGCUAGCCCGUCCCACGCCCCCGGGCCGGCCGUCACCGCUACUCGAGGCCGGGGAUUGGCAGCGCGCGUAGGCCGCGCCGCCGCCGAUGGAGCCGGAAUAAAGGGGCGGCCGAGAGAGCAGCCGGUCGCCACUCGCCCCGCGCCUGACCCCGCGGUCGGCCUGGAGCAGAGCAUGAGCAGAAUUUGUGACUUCUUUGUGCUGUGGCAGAUCCAUCCCAGACUCUCACCUGUGAGACAGCUGACUAAAGAGGGUUAGCAGUGGGAGGCUGAGAGGGAACUGAAGGGCCCAUCAUCGGGGAAGGCAGAGCCUUCCUGGCGUUGCUGGCACCCUGCCUCGAAGAGCCCCUGUCCUGUAGGCAGAGCCUUGUAGUCUGUCUUGGUUAAUAACUUGGGCCGUCUGACCAGUCCCUCAUCUGUGCCUUGUCUGAGGUCCUUGUCCAUCCCUGAUCCCAGGCAACUUCUCUCUCUGGGUUGGUCCACUUUAAGCAGGGAAACUGAAGCCGUUACUCUCCAAACCCUGUUUCAUCUUCCCAAGCAUGUCAGAAAGCUGGCAGCAGCCACCACAGACACAGCCGCAGCAGCCACAGCCACCACAGCCUCAGCACCACGCAGAGCCACCGCCGGCCCUAGCCGAGCAUGCGCUCCCCCCAGGCACAGCAGAGAACCCCCUGGGCUGUGCCGUGUAUGGCAUCCUCCUGCAACCGGACGGGGGCCUGCAGCCCCCGCAGCACACGUCCCUGCAGGCAGCAGGCGAGCCUGGCCCCAAGUGUGGUGUAUGUGGUCACGACCUGGCACACCUGUCUAGUCCGCAUGAGCACCAGUGCCUGGCAGGCCAUGACCGCUCAUUCCAGUGCACUCAGUGUCUCAAGAUUUUCCACCAGGCUACUGACCUGCUGGAACAUCCGUGUGUGCAGGCUGAGCAGAAGCCUUUUGUCUGUGGCGUCUGCAAGAUGGGCUUCUCACUGCUCACCUCGCUGGCGCAGCACCACAGCGCACACACUGGCGCCGGUGGCCUCGUGAAAUGUUCCAUCUGUGAGAAGACCUACAAGCCCGCGGAGGUGGCGGAGCCAGCGGCCACUGCGGCCCCCUCGCUGCCCCCAGGGCCCCAGCCGCCUGCUGUCGCCCCUGCUGAACAGGCAGACAAGCCCUACAGCUGCCCCAUCUGCCAGAAGCCCUUCAAGCACCUGUCGGAGCUCUCGCGGCAUGAGCGCAUCCACACGGGUGAGAAGCCGUACAAGUGCACGCUGUGUGACAAGAGCUUCAGCCAGUCGUCGCACCUGGUGCACCAUAAGCGCACGCACAGCUCGGAGCGCCCCUACAAGUGCGCGGUCUGCGAGAAGACCUUCAAGCACCGCUCACACUUGGUGCGCCACAUGUACGCGCACUCGGGCGAGCACCACCUGUUCCGUUGCAACGUGUGUGAGCUGCACUUCAAGGAGUCCUCGGAGCUGCUGCAGCACCCGUGCACGCCCAGCGGGGAGCGGCCCUUCCGUUGUGGGGAGUGCCAGAAAGCCUUCAAGCGGCCAUCGGACCUGCGGCAGCACGAGCGCACGCACAGCGCUGAGCGGCCCUUCAAGUGCGAUCUGUGCCCCAUGGGCUUCAAACAGCAGUACGCGCUCAUGCGGCACAGGCGCACGCACAAGACCGAGGAGCCCUUCAAGUGUGGCCUGUGCGAGAAGGGCUUCGGGCAGCCCAGCCACCUGCUCUACCACCAGCACGUGCACACUCUGGAGACCCUCUUCAAGUGCCCCGUGUGCCAGAAGGGCUUUGACCAGUCGGCUGAGCUACUGCGGCACAAGUGCCUGCCGGGCGCGACCGAGCGGCCCUUCAAGUGUCCCGUGUGCAACAAGGCCUACAAGCGAGCCUCGGCCCUGCAGAAGCACCAGCUGGCCCACUGCUCCGCAGCCGAGAAGCCCCUGCGCUGCACCCUCUGUGAGCGCCGCUUCUUCUCGUCCUCCGAGUUUGUACAGCACCGUUGCGACCCAGCCCGUGAGAAGCCACUCAAGUGCCCGGACUGCGAGAAGCGCUUCAAGUACGCAUCAGACCUGCAGCGGCACCGGCGCGUGCACACCGGGGAGAAGCCCUACAAGUGCCCCAACUGCGACAAGGCCUUCAAGCAGCGCGAGCAUCUCAACAAGCAUCAGGGCGUGCACGCCCGUGAGCAGCAGUUCAAGUGCGUGUGGUGUGGCGAGCGCUUCCUUGACGUGGCCCUGCUGCAGGAGCACAGUGCACAGCAUAGUGCCGCUGCCGCCGCUGCCGAGGGUGCCUACCAGGUCGCUGCCUGCCUGCCCUGAGUUCCCAGGUUGCCCCCACCAGGCCGGGCCCAGCCUCCUCGGCGGAAGUCGUCACCCAGCUCACUCAGCUCCAUGCUCUGAGGCCGUGGGCAUGAGAACAGAAGGGCACUGGGCAGGUGGAGGGGCCUGGUACUCCUGAUACCGGCCCGGAGGUGGGGGCUCCAGAUCGUGGCUGGUCUUGGUUCCACAAACCUCUUUCCCCUUACAGGAUUUGCUUUUUGAGAGCCACCAGCCUUCCUUGUGUCUGGAACCAGACUGGAAGUCAAGUGGCCUCUCGCCACCCCAAGGAAGGGUUGGUGCCAGCCCAACCUUCCCAAACCUUACAGCCUAAUUAGAAACCAGAUGGGUUAGGAAAGAGGAUGGUGAUGGUAGGGCCUGGUAGAAGGCCUGGACCCCGGAGGUGGGCUUCUCUUUCAAGUGGCUGUUUGAGGGAGAAGGCCAGCUUCAUGCUGUAGUCUUGGAGACCAGGAGGGCAGACUGUGAGCCACCGGCCUCUCUGUCUGCUCCAGCCAGGGGGAAGGCAUCAUUCAGGUUUCUGACAGGUGAGAUGUACAGGAGGGAUGCACAUCUGUGCGCUGGGUCUGCCUGGAGAGCAGUCUGCUUAGCCAGAAGGGAGGAAGUUCUCCUGUGACACACUCAGCCAGGGGCAGUGCCCAGCCAGGACAGUGCCAUCCACAGGGAAAGGAGGAAAGGCAGCCCUUGCACUGAGGUCUAAUCCCAAUGUUUCGGAAGCACGUCUCCCACCUUUGCAGCAUGGUUCCGAGCUCUGGUGGCAAUGUGCUCUCAGCCAGACAACUGCUGAUGUGAAAGAAGGGGAUUGUUAGACCACCUGGUGCCCGGGAGGAAGCAGACCUCAAGCCCAUGAUCUUCCCAGUGGAUGCGAACAAGUGUCCUUCUCCUUGAAUUAUGUGAACCAAAGUGUCAAGGGCAUGGCCCCAAUCGCCUCCCAGCCCUGUUUCAGAGCCAAGACCAGGCCUGGGUAUCCAGGGUGGGGCAGGUGAAAGGACUGUGUAAUUGGCCUCUGACUGCACAGAGCCCACCCAGCCCAUGGGAACCCUCCCCCAUCAGGCUGGCUGCUGGCCUGGACCCCAGGGAUCUUGCAUUGCCAAGAUGCCCCGGACAACAUCCAGCUACUUCCAAGGCCAGUGAAUUCUCCCUUGGGUCCUAAGGGUCCCCCAGGUGUCUGGCUGACCUCAGGGCUCAUGGAGCUGAAGGUGUCCAGGGCGUAGGGAGCAGGCAGGGGAAGAGGGUUGUUCAGGAAAUCAGUAGGUAAAUGGAGUUGAUCGAUGUCACUGGGUGGCAGGUACCCUCCUUGGGAAGCCCAGAGGACCUUUAUUGUCAAAAUGAUUAUUUUGAACCCAGCUCUGCUCCUGUCCUCUUCCAGCCCCCUUCCCUGCUAGUGGGUCUUAAAAGAAGACUCGCCAGUGUACCAAAGGCCCAGAGGAGCAGGGGGCCCUGUUUUGUCCUAGCUCACCUGAAGAAGUCUGAAAAGUACACGGCCGCCGCCCCGCUCUGACCAGGUCUCCUUCCUGUGCCUGCAGAGGGGCUGGUCCUUCCCCUUGGUGCUGGCUCGCAGUCACAAUGCCUCAAAAGACAUGGACCCCAGGCUGACAACAGUCCCAACUGCUAAUGUUUUCCUUUCAUUUUGCUUUUUAAAAGCAGUUGUUAUACUAUUCCUAACAUUGUAUAGUUAACUUCAUGUCAUUUUGGCUCUUAUAUGAAAAUGUGAGAAUUUGGAUUUUUAAGAAGAAUGACUCCCAUUUUAGAUAGCCCUUUUAAUGUUAAUAUAUAGUGAGUCCAAUCAAUGUAUGCUUUAGAAGUAAAGACAUUGACCAUCACAGACCAAAGCCCUGCGUGUUC